CAUUUGUAAACCUUGUUGUAAACACGCUUGAACUUUCACGAGUUGGUGAAUCUAACUGGAUGUUACAGAUUAAUGUUAAUUGUUUACCUUUAUAGUGGCUAUGGAGAGGAGCGUAGGGACAGUUUCAGCCAUUAAAGCUUUAGGGUACCCGGGCAGCUCGUGCCUCUCACGGUGCACCUGUGAUGAACUUCCCUGUCCGCUGCUCACCUGGCUGACUGCUCAGCUGAGGACCGUCUGUUCGGAGCUACAAGACUCAAACAUGACAGGUGACGUCCUUCUGGUGGGAGAGCUGAGAAAUUUACUGUCAAGCAUGUUUUCUCCCCUCGCUGUGCUGACCUCAGAGGUGCUGGAGCCAUCCAGCCUCAACAAAAUCACUGAGUUUCUUGUAUCAGAAUUGCAAGCAGCUCGAAUAAUGAAGCAUAAGGAAAUGCAUCCUGAGGAGAAUACAACAGGAGACGAGUCUGAAAAAGAGCAGCGAGUUGAAGAUAACAGACUCACAGAGUUUUCUCAGGAAUAUGAAGAUGAUGAUGAUGACAAAGACAGAAGGAACGCGGAGAUGCAGGCAGAGUGGACAUUGCUGCUGCACGCUCUUGACAUGGACUCCUCCUCUCAAUUCACAGAUGUGAUGUGUGAGGUUGAGUCGAGGCUUGCUCGUCUACCAUCUGGAGGCAUGACAAACCCACUUCUUAACCGCAGCCUCAGCUCAGAGCAGUGGAUGCAAGUUAAAAAGAUCAAUCGAGUUCUGUCAGAGGACUAUCAGUGUCGCCGACAGAUGAUGAUCAAACGCUUUCAGGUUACACUCGAGUCAUUUGCAUGGGGAGAAAAACAAAAG